UUCACAACAUCCACACCACCAGCCUGCAGCACAUCGCCACUGUACAGUCAGCACGGAUGCAUUAAGACCAGCCCUGCGCUCAUCCCCCACCUUUUUCUUUUCUUUUUUUCCUUUUUUGAGGGGGUCGACAUCAGCUCUGCAAAUCAGCCUGACCUCCUCAGAGAAGACCACCUCAGAUUCCCCUCAGUAUUUGGUGCUAGAUUUUGACCAUGGGGAUCAAGACAGCCCUUCCCAGGACUGAGCUCUACCUCUACACUGCUGUGCUCGCAUUGGCUCUUGGAUGGGCAGGCAGCUGGAUUAUAGAGGCAUCCAGUGAGAAUGUAAACAGAAAGUCGUUUAAGGAGAGUAUUAAACCAGGAUGGCAUUACUUUGGAAGGAAAAUGGAUGUGACUGACUUUGAGUGGGCGAUGUGGUUCACAACCUUCCGCAACCACAUCCUGUUUGCCCUCGCUGGCCAUGUGAUUUUUGCCAAGAUCUGCUCCAUGAUUUCUCCCAAGAUUGGUGUGGUUGGCGGUAAGCACAGGUCCCUGAUCUACAUGCUCUAUGGCUGCUUGACAGUGCUCAUCAUCAUGGGCUGGACAUACAUCUCACUCAUCCUGUCCCACUGCAUCGUCCUGUACAGCGUGGCCCUCAUUAAGAGGAAGUGGCUCUGCUUUGUGGCCGGACUCACCAGUCUGGCCACUUUCAAGAUGGAGCCCUUUGUCUCCUGGCAGGCUGGCUUUGUGACCGGCACCUUUCAGCUUCAGGAUAUUCUGUUCUAUGGAGGUUGUGCGUUCUCCAUUAUGCGCUGCAUGAGUUUUGCCCUGGAGAACUGCGAGAAGAAGGACGGCAGCUACUCCUUCAUGGAUCUGAUCAAGUACAACUUCUACCUCCCUUUCUUCUUCUUUGGACCCAUCAUGACAUUUGAUCAAUUCCAUGUGCAGGCAAAUGACCCAAACCUGACUCGCAAACCCAGAGAAAUGUGGAACAUAACUGUCCAUGCUUUGGUGCACCUUGGAGCAAUUCUAGUGGUGGAUGUGUUCUUCCAUUUCCUGUACAUUUUGACCAUCCCUAGUGACAUGAAGCUGGUGAAAGACCUCUCUGACUGGUCUUUGGCUGGAUUGGCCUACUCAAACCUGGUGUAUGACUGGGUGAAAGCAGCGGUCAUGUUCGGUGUUAUCAAUACCGUAUCACGACUCGAUCACCUGGACCCUCCUCAGCCCCCUAAAUGUAUCACCAUGCUGUACGUCUUUGCUGAAACGCACUUUGACAGAGGAAUUAAUGACUGGUUGUGCAAGUACGUGUAUGACUACAUCGGAGGCAACCAUGAUGGAAUCUUCAAGGAACUGGUUGCCACAAUCUGCACCUUUGCCGUCACAACUCUUUGGCUCGGACCCUGUGAGCUGGUUUACAUCUGGUCCUUCUUCAACUGCUUCGGCCUGAACUUUGAGCUGUGGGUGGCUAAGCUCUUCUCUUUGCCACCGCUGUCUACGAUUGAGGGUAUUAUGUCUGAGGCGAUGUCACGCCGUAUCAGGGGACUGUUCAACGCUGUCAACUUCUGGCAAAUCAUUCUUUAUAACGUCCUGGCCCUGAACAGUUUGGACUUCGCUAAGCUGGUGGCCAAAAGACUGCUUUUCAAGGGCUUCCCUCUGUCCACUCUCUCUGUGCUGUUUGUGACCUACUGUGGCAUCCAGCUGAUCAAGGAGCGAGAGCGCAAACUGGCUCUGCUGGAGGAGCCGGAACCGGAGCCAGUAAAACCCAAAACAGAAUAAACCAGUGAAGAGUGACGGUUCACUGAGUCCGAGCUUCCAUACCAAACCCAAGCAGCCCCCCGUCUCCAUGGCCACUGCUCAACACAAGGCUGUUUUUUAAGCACAAGGCUUUUUUAACUGUGAAUAGUCCUCAAGUGCACUUGCCAUGAAAAUGCCCUCUGCCCUAUUCCACUGACUCACACAUUCAUGCACACAUACUGUACACAUACACUCACACAAACCAACAAGUGCAUUUUAUAUGUGAUUUUAUUUAAAACUAUAUUGGGUAUCCAGAGAAUAGGCUUGCCAAAUAUUUUAUGCAGAUGUAAUAUAUUGAGCCAUUAAAGACAAAAUGCCUUUA